UGGAUUCCAAGAUAAAGUUGCCAGAAAGGCCGGUGAUGGAGCGACUCUCAUGCUUUAAAAAUAAGAGAUUGAGCCAUGCUAUAAACAGUAGUUACAGUCGAGCAUCUAAGCCUACUUCUCAUAAUAAUUCAAUCAAGCUGUCCGUGACUCCUGAUAGUUUGGGGUGCCCUAAACUAUCAACUGUGUAUUGGAAUCUUCCUACAAAGGGCCAAGUGAUUAAACAAGAUAAAAAAUUCAGUCAAAAAAACCGUUCCAAAAUUAGAAAGUGGAUCAAAUCUCGUAUGAAAGAUCAGGAUCGCCCAUUUAUUAGAUAUCCCAAAGAAUUAGGGACCUGUAACAACACUUCUCUCGUAGCAACCUCCACUCAACAGACAAAUUAUUCCAAAUAAACUAAGAUCGCGACAAACUCCUUUCUUCAAAAAUACCACAAACGAGAAAGAGGUCACAAUCACUUUAAAAUAGCUCAAACCACAAAAUAUCUCCUAUAUCUCCAAUCCCUAUCACCAGUAUUUCCAUCGUAAAAUGGACAGAAGAUAGACAAGAAAAGAGAUUAAGAAGAACAAUUAAGCAAAGGGAUAUUUACAAGAAUAGAAAAGUAGAGUACCUUCGUGAUACUAUUAAGGCUUAUUCCCCUCCUAGUAUACCUGAAUUUAGCCGUUCAGCAUCUGAAAUGAGUGAUAGAAGAACUAAAAUGGAGAAAAUGAGCCUAUCCCCAAUCAAUAAGGAAAGAAAGCCUGCAAACGUUCUGUUUCUGAAAAAGUCUCCAUUUCUCAAAGUUAAGCCAAAAUUGACACUUUUUCACCCACUUAAAACAAUCACUUCAUUCAUCUAA